AUGGCGUCUAAAUAUAACUAUUCGUUUUUUCGGGUCUCAAAGACAGAGGGAGCCGAGACCUCCGCUCAACGAUGUCGAGAACUUCGCCUCAAAGCCUUGAAAGCUUCACCCGAUUCUUUUUCUUCUACUUACGAAAUUGAAUCAGCUUUCACGGAUGCCCAUUGGAUCGAGCGUCUCCUCGCUCCUGAUCGAGAACUCUUCGUUUGUGCCGCAACACCUCUCGGCGAUGAUCCGUCGCGUCCCAAUGAUAUCCAAUGGAUCGGGCAGGUCACUAUGCGAGGACCUUUAUCCAAGGCUCAAUUUGAGUUACCUGUGGAAUCCGAACAGCCCCCUCAGAAGUCCGACGAAGAGGAGGACAGAUGGCAGAUGCUGAGCUUGUUCACGCUCCCAGAAUAUCGCGGCCAUGGACUCGGAAACAAGCUAUGCAAGGAGGCGAUCAAUUACCUCCUGUCAUCACGCGUUUUUCCUCGUGAACUUCAAGUGCGACUCAUUAUUAAAGCUGGUAAUCAGGUUGCAGUGGAAUUUUACCAGCGUCUUGGGUUUGUCUUCGGCGGUAGAGCAACUCUUGUAGAGGCUCUGAUCUCAAAUGGAGAUGAGCAUCUUGUUCCAAAGGACCUUACACCGGCGAAAUACUCAGAAAGACAAGGAAUCAUCAUGAUAUCUCGUGUAUCGCGCUCAUGA